AUGGCUGUUAUCAUAACCAAACCACGGUACGGUCUGAUGAUGUGGCCAAGCGCGCGCACGCGCGCGUGUGCACUCUCUCCCGCCGUAGUUGGGCACGGUGGACGUGGGGUCGGCGCGUGGGGCGACGGAGGGUGGCCCCACCUGGAGGGAGGGCGUAACAAUGAUGCAGUUAGCGAAAAACAAAGUGAUUUCAAGUCGUUGGGAGGGGAGACAAAUGAUUGCCUUUCAAGUGUUGCUGAGUAA